AUGGAGAACGGUGUGGCAACCUCGGGGCAAGAUGCAGCUCUCUUUGACAUGACAUCAAAGGACUACUAUGCCGAUUCUUAUGCUCACUUCGGUAUACACGAAGAAAUGCUGAAAGAUUCUGUACGGACAGGUUCGUAUCGGGACGCCAUAAUAGACAAUCGCCACCUCUUCGAAGGGAAGACUGUACUAGAUGUUGGCUGUGGGACAGGAAUUCUCAGUAUGUUUGCUGCAAAGGCUGGUGCUAAGCACGUUGUUGGUAUCGACAUGUCCAACAUUAUUGAUCAAGCCCAAAAAAUUGUUGAGGCUAAUGGCUUUAAAGACAGCCCAAUAGCCAUUACCCUUGUCAAAGGAAAACUUGAAGAAGCGUCCCUGCCCAUCGAACAAUUUGAUAUCAUAAUAUCAGAAUGGAUGGGCUAUUUUCUUCUCUAUGAAUCGAUGCUUGACACGGUUCUUCUGGCUCGGGAUAAGUAUCUCAAAAGGGGUGGCCUCAUAUUCCCGGACAAUGCGACUCUUUUCCUUGCCGCCAUCGAGGACAAGGACUACAAGGACGAGAAGAUCAACUUCUGGGACAACGUCUACGGAUUCGACUACUCGUGCAUUAAAGACAUCGCUUUACGCGAACCUUUGGUGGAUACGGUGGAUGUCAAAUCUGUUGUCACAAAACCUUGCUCGAUCAAGCACAUCGACCUUCGCACCGCGAAGAAGGAAGAUCUCACAUUUGUCACUUCCUUCUCAUUAUCCGCCACUCGUAAUGAUUAUGUCCACGCAUUUUUGGCCUGGUUUGACAUCAUGUUCGACUGUACGCACACAAAGGUCAAGUUUUCUACGGGGCCUCAAGCUCAUUAUACCCACUGGAAGCAAACUGUUUUCUACACUCCGUCGACCCUGACCGUAUCGCAAGGCGAACCGAUUACUGGUACACUUUCCUGUGCCCCCAACGCCAGGAAUAAUCGUGACCUAGACAUCAAAAUAACCUACAAAACACCCCGAGAGCAAGAUACUACUAUCAACUACAAAAUGUACGUCCUGUUUAACGCAUUUCUUUCUCACUGUAAUCUUCUUUGGGCCUUUGGCGAGUCUUCCCACUUGGGUUUGUCGGUGUGA